UACCCUCGAACGGAAUGUUCGACUGCUCUUAAAGACGUAGACCCUCGCCCACCCUGUCGGAGCCAGUCUGAACUCUCGCUGAUUUUGGACAUUUCGGGGGACCGAAGUUGAUAUCAUGGAAAGCAGUGAAGGAGUGCGGCGGCGCCUUUCCGAUUCAGAAGAAGAGGACACUGCCACACAGCCACUGCCCCCUCUGUUGGACCGUCAGGGCACCCAUUGGAGGAACGCGGUGGGCUUCUGGCUCCUGGGCCUUUGCAACAACUUCUCCUAUGUAGUGAUGCUCAGUGCUGCCCAUGACAUCCUUAGCCACCACAGGGCACCAGGGAACCAGAGCCAUGUAAACCCAAGCCCAACGCCCACACCCCACAAUAGUUCGUCUCGAUUUGACUGCAACUCUGUGUCCACAGCUGCAGUGCUCCUGGCCGACAUCCUCCCUACGCUUGUCAUCAAACUGCUGGCUCCUCUUGGUCUUCACCUGCUGCCCUACAGCCCCCGAGUUUUUGUUAGCGGGGUUUCUGCAGCUGGCAGCUUCAUCCUGGUUGCCUGGUCCCAUUCUGUGACCAUCAGUCUGUGUGGUGUGGUCCUAGCUAGCAUCUCAUCAGGCCUGGGAGAAGUCACCUUCUUGUCACUCACCGCCUUCUACCCAAGGGCUGUGAUCUCCUGGUGGUCCUCCGGUACUGGGGGAGCAGGGCUCCUGGGGGCAUUGUCCUACCUGGGCCUCACCCAGGUCGGCCUCUCUCCCCAGCACACCCUGCUGUCCAUGCUGGGUAUCCCCGCCCUGAUGCUGGUCAGCUAUUUCUGGUUGCUCAUAUCUCCUGAGCUCCAGGAUCCUGGAGGGGAAGAUGAGGCAGAUACUGCCGCUCGGCAGCCCCUGAUGAAUGAGGCCCCAAAGUCAAAGCCAGGCCCCAGCUCAGACUUCUCCCCCCGGGAGAAGUGGAUUGUGUUCAAGGGCCUGCUGCGGUAUAUCAUCCCCUUGGUCCUGGUGUACUUUGCCGAGUAUUUCAUCAAUCAGGGGCUUUUUGAGCUCCUCUUCUUCCGGAACACGGCCCUGAGCCACGCUCAGCAGUACCGCUGGUACCAGAUGCUGUACCAGGCCGGCGUCUUCGCCUCCCGCUCUUCUCUCCGCUGUUGUCACAUCCGCUACACGUGGGUCCUGGCCCUGCUGCAGUGCCUCACUCUGGCCUUCCUUUUGGCGGACGUAUGUUUGAGCUUCCUGUCAAGCAUCUACUUCGUCUUCCUGAUCAUUCUGUUUGAAGGGCUCCUAGGGGGUGCAGCCUACGUGAAUACCUUCCACAACAUUUCCCUAGAGACCAGUCCCAAGCACCGGGAAUUCGCCAUGGCAGCUGCCUGUGUCUCCGAUACCUUGGGGAUCUCACUAUCAGGGCUCCUGGCCCUGCCUCUGCACGACUUCCUUUGCCACCUCACCUGACACUACAGAUCCUUGGGACACAGGACAUAUUGACCUGGGCAAUGGGCAGGCAGGCCACAGCUCCAGCUGAGCCCGGACCUCCCUGGCCUGCUGGUGUGAGCCAAUGGUGGCGUUGUUUCCCGUUCCUGCUGGCCUGGGGGUGCAGGGUAGGGGGUGGUGUUUCUUGGCAUUAUACCCUCAGAAUAAAUGCCUAU